ACGCAUGCGUAAUAUAAAUUUUCAGCAAUGGCGGAUUUAUCGGAGUUGAAGCACAUGGUAAUGAGCUUUAGGGUAUCAGAGUUACAAGUUCUAUUAGGAUAUGCUGGCAGAAACAAAACAGGUAGAAAAACAGAACUUUUGUCCCGAGCUUUACAGCUUCUACAGAAAGGCUGCUCAGUUCCCAUACAGAUCAAAAUCAGAGAACUGUACAAUCAAAUUUUUGGUUCAAACAGGCGCAAACCUACGGCAUCCAAGCCAGGCGAAGAUGGCCCCCAUAAUUUUAAAUCUGAAGGACCAUGGUUUCCAGGUCCAAUGGAUUACUCCAACAGGAUGAUGAACCAUGACCCUUCACCUCAUGGAAGCAGUCUUGGAAUGUUGCCAGUGCAUCCGGAUGUCAAACUGAAACACUUGCCUUUCUAUGAUUGUAUCACAGAGCUCAUGAAACCUACAAGUUUAGUACCUAGAGGAUCAACAAAGUUUCAGGAUAAUCACUACAAUUUUCAUUUGACUCCACAACAAGCACAAGAUAUUGCAAUGUCCAGAGAUUUCAGACCAGGUGCUAGAUGUGAAUACACAACACAGAUACAGCUAAGGUUUGGUCUUUUGGAAACAAGCUGCGAGCAAGAUGACCAUUUUCCUCCAAGUAUUUGUGUCCGUGUGAAUGGAAAAAUGGCUCCCUUACCAAAUCCAAUACCAACCAAUAAGCCAGGGGUAGAACCUAAACGCCCUGGUCGUCCGGUGGAUAUCACCCCGCUAUGUAGACUCUCUCCUACACUCCCAAAUCAAAUAGAAGUGUCAUGGGCUGCAGACUUUGGACGGGGAUUCUUUCUUGCCAUUUUUUUGGUCAAGAAAUUAACAUCAGAUAUUCUGCUGGUCAGAUUGAAACAGUUUGGUAACCGGCAUGCGGACCAUACCAGAGCCCUAAUUAAGGAAAAGUUAUCCCAUGAUCCUGACAGUGAAAUUGCAACUACUAGUCUCCGAGUCUCCCUCAUAUGUCCACUGGGCAAGAUGAGGAUGACGAUUCCGACCCGAGCAAGCACCUGCACACAUCUGCAGUGCUUUGAUGGCUCCACAUUUCUGAUGAUGAAUGAGAAAAAGUCCACCUGGAUUUGUCCUGUCUGUGAUAAACCUGCUCCUUUUCAUCGACUAUUUAUUGAUGGGCUGUUUGUAGAGAUAUUGCAGAAAACAUCAGAUAUGAAUGAAAUACAGUUCCAUGAGGAUGGAUCUUGGAGUCCCCUGAAAGCCUUCAAGGAGCCCCAUGUGAUAUCCUGCAGCCCUGCUGCUCAUAAAUCAAGUCAAAGUGAAUCACGGCCCUCAGCAUCCUCUUCCUCCCCCUCCUCCUCAGGACCUGCUCCAAAGAAGCCUAAAAUGGAAGUGAUAGACUUAACAGUCAGUUCUGAUGAGGAUACGGAUUCUGACAGUGACUCUGACUCGCCACAGCCAAUGUCAUUGAAUGCAUUUGGCGGUGACUCCAGUCCUAACAUCAUCAGUCUGGACUCUCCAACUCCAGCGCCAUCAACAGCAUCACCAUCUUGUGACUCGCCCAUGGUGGCCUCACCAUCAUCCAAUUCAAAUUCAUCUUCAUCUUCAUCCUCAUCCUCCUCCUCUGGUACUCCAAAGCAACCAUCCUCACCACAGAAAUCUCGACCAGGAACCCCAGUAAGUGCCCCCUUGUCAGCUCCUCAGUCAGUUAGCUCCCUGUCCCCUGCCCACUCCUCAAGGCAGUCUACACCAGCCCUGGUUCCUAGUCCUUGCCCCUUGCCCUCUCCUUCACCCCCGGGACAACCCUUAAUUCAUUCUCCUUUAGGAAUACGGAUUUCCCCCGUGACACCGCCCUCAAGUACCCCUAUUUUGCCUCCAUUUCAACCAAUCCCUGCCCCAGUAUCAUUACCCACUCCAGCAUUUCCCCAUUUCCCACCUCCUCCGCAAAUACAAAACUAUGAUCCAAACUUGGAUAGAGAGAUAGAGGACUUUUUACGUGGAAUUGUUUGGGACCAAUACAGAUAGCUCUUACAUUAAUCACUAGAACUCUAUUCUAGGUGUAGGUUGAAAGGCAUUUGAUGGUGCUGCAGUUAAAUGAUACAGUUUCUUUGAAGAUAGAGUGUUACAAGAAUUGCCCUUGUGAUACUUAUAGUUUGAUGCGUCGUAAAACAAAUUGAAGUUCUCAGGAAACUGAAUACUAAUCAAGCAAUCUAGCAGUUCUUAUAUUAUGGGUCUAACCACUUCAUUCCUAAAGUUUUAUGUUCAUUGUAGUAUAUAAAAAUGAAGAGUAUUAUAUUUCUUGCUUAUUCACAUGAGUGUAGACUGAUGAAGAUGUAGAAACAUAUGAAGACUGAAAAAUGAGGGAAGGAAUUUGAAAUUGCUUACUGUAUACAGGGAUAUUUUUGCCAUGGUAUUUUCGCCCAAAGGUAUAAAUAAAAGAUUUUGUCCCUUUUUAACUUGCUCAAAGCCAUUUCUUGCAACUUUAGAGCAAUGAAUAAAUUUGUUUUGGUCCAGUUUUAAAUUUCCUCACUUGGGUGAGAGCAAAUUGGAUAAAAGUAAAACGGGGCAAAAAUUUCCCAGUGUACAGGAUUAUCCAAUUAAAAUCAUACUAUUUUCAUUUAUGGCAGUCAAAUUAAAUGACCAGCUACAUACAGAGAGGUCUGCAUGAAUCAUCAGGUAAACUUAGAGCAGAGAAUUUCAGGUUUUAUCAAAUUCUCAAGUUAGGAAAACUGAUGCAACUAGUUUUGUGAGAAUCAGAUGGUCAAACAAAUGGACAAAAAUAUAUAUAUAUUACAUUAAUACAACAUUGUCAAGGACCCUGACAUCUUUACAUUUUUCAUUUUGUUUCAUACUAAUGUUGUUUUUACUCAUAGUCUCCAUCACAUAAGACACAAUAAUUUAUUUUGCAUGCACUAAAAUUUUGUUUCACUCAAACAUGUUCAUUAUAUGGACAAGGUAUUCUCAGUCAUGUGUAUGAAAUAUUUAUUUUCUAUUAUAGCAUUAGAAUAUCAUCUUGUUUUAAUUUUAAUUGUUUAUGUUUUCCUGAUUAAGUUAUUGCAUCCAAGCAUUAAUUGUUAUUUUCACAAAUUUUUUAACAAAGAAGUUACGAUUAAGAAUACCUCUGUCAUUUUAUUUGUCUUGCACUCUCCUUGGGUUUUGUUAUAACUGUACUCAUGAAGAUUAUGAUUAGAUGAACAGAAAAGUGUUACCCAAACACAAUGUGCAAAGUGUGUUCUGAACAUUCAUCAUGUACAUACGCUGGUAUUAUUCCAUACUGUGAAAGCCAAAGGCUUUAGAUUUUUUUCAUUCACAUUCAGACGAUGUGUCUGGAAUCAUUUGUUGCAAAGAUUAAACCAAUGAAUAUAUAUAUAUCUUAUUUUUAAGUUGAAGAUACAGUGUUGAUAGUAUUUGCUAAAGUAACAGAAAUUGAAUUUUUCACCAUCUAACAAGACAUAAAAACUUUAAAGUUGUAUGGUCCGGAUUUCUGCAAAUUUUGUUCUCCUUGUAAAAACACUGUUAAUGAUGACACAUAAGAAUUUAUGAGGCCAUAUGACAUGUCAUACAUUAUUUCACCUGUUUUAACCAGAAUUAUUUGGUUUUAAAUCGGUGUUUACAAACAACUGUCACUCAUCCAUUUCUAUUAAAUAUUCUGAAGAUAAAUCAAGUGACAGUCAUAUGUCCAGUUCAGACUUCCACUUAACUGCAUAAAGCUGUGUAUUUUGCUACUACAGUACUGUGCCAUAAGUUUAAAAGAAAUAAGAAUAUCAAAUGCCUCUUUGUAAUUCUGUGUUUUACACUCUUUCAAACCUGAAUUUAAACAGUUGUGUCAGAGUUAUAUCCAUCGUGUUGGGAUUCCCCUCAUGCGCAUGGGGCUAUUUAUAGAUGCCUAACAGACUUAAUGAGCGGCAAAUGUAUUUAAAGGCUUCCACGAUAUUUACUUUUUAAAUAAUCUUCUUGCUGUUUUCUAUUACAUUGAAAUGUUUUCAAGAAUGUAAUUAAGGGAAAGUUGAUAGCUUUGAAAACUAAUUCAGCUGCAUUAAAGCACUUUACAAAAAAAUAAUACGUGAGCAUCAGACCAUACAGCUUUAAAAUACAACUUCGUUUCAGAUACUAUUCUAAUUAUUUUACUUGCUUUCAGAGAAAACAGAAAUUAUUUUUAAAUUUGUUUUGCAUAUUUUGUGCUUUCUAUAUAAAUAUGUACAUGUAUGUAAUUUUUGACAGGUAGUGCUGUGUACUGAAUAAAUAUUUAGGCACUGAAGUUUUAGAAAUGUAUUGUGAACAUGUGAUGGUACUUCCUUUGUGUUCUUUUGUUUGUAAAUUAUAUCAUUAUUUAUUAUUGAUCACAAGUUGGUAAUGUCAAAUUUGUAAACUUACAAGGUGGGAAGUAUUUUGGAGAGGAAUUGUCAGAACUUUUAUGAAAAAUGUAACCUUAAGAAGUUGUUGUUAUUAAAAUUGUGAAUAUUAA